AUGCUAAAAAUCUUACUCCCAACAAUUAUACUAUUACCAACAAUCACAUUAUGUAAACCAAAACAACUAUGACUUUCUACACUAACCCAUAGCCUAAUAAUCGCCAUUCUAAGUUUACAAUGAUUUAAACCCUCCAUAGAACCAACCAUAACUUCUCCAAUUAUUACCCUAGGGGUAGACCAAAUUUCAGCCCCUUUACUAAUCCUAUCAUGCUGACUUACCCCCUACCCCCCUAAUAAUGGCCAAAACAAUAUAACCAUAGAACCUACUCCACGAAAACGAACUUUUAUCUUUAUUACCAUUUUACUACAAAUCUCACUAAUUCUAGCUUUUUCAACAACAGAAUUAAUCAUAUUCUUCAUCGCAUUUGAAUCUACAUUACUCCCCACACUAGUAAUCAUUACACGUUGAGGUGGCCAAAUAGAACGACUAAACGCCGGAACCUACUUCUUAUUUUACACUCUUAUCGGGUCUCUGCCACUAUUAGUAGCCCUCUUAACCACGCAAACCUUCAGCGGCACCCUAUCUAUUUGCACAUUGCAACUAUCCACCUACCCUAGCAUAAUAAACCCAUGAACCCACACAAUAUGAUGACUCGCACUAUUUACUGCUUUCAUAAUUAAAAUACCCUUAUACGGACUACACCUAUGAUUACCUAAAGCACACGUAGAGGCCCCAAUCGCAGGAUCAAUAAUCCUAGCAGCAGUGUUACUUAAACUAGGGGGAUAUGGCAUUAUCCGUAUAACAAUAACACUAGCCCCACCGUUAAAAAUGCUCUCCUACCCCUUCAUAAUACUUGCACUAUGAGGAGUAAUCAUAACUGGCUUUAUCUGCCUACGCCAAACAGACCUAAAAUCAUUAAUUGCUUAUUCAUCCGUAGGUCAUAUAGGCUUAGUUAUCGCUGCAGCACUAACACGAACUGAAUGAGCAUGUACCGGAGCCAUCACACUUAUAAUUGCCCACGGUUUAACAUCAUCAAUACUUUUCUGCCUAGCCAACACAAACUAUGAACGAACCAAUAGCCGAACACUACUUUUAGCCCGAAACAUACAACUACUACUACCCUUAAUAGGACUAUGAUGAUUCUCAGCUAGUCUGACCAACAUGGCCCUUCCGCCAACCAUUAAUCUAAUAGGAGAACUAACCAUUAUUGUCUCACUAUUCAAUUGAUCAAAUACUACAAUCCUAAUAACAGGAUUAGGAACCCUACUAACCGCCGCCUAUACCCUAUACAUACUAAUCACCACCCAAUGAGGAGAAACCCCUUCAUACACAAAAACAAUCCCCCCUACCCACACACGAGAACAUCUACUCAUAAUACUUCAUAUACUACCAAUAGCACUACUAAUAGCAAAACCAGAAUUAAUCUGAGGCUCCUUCCAUUAA